CGGCGGCGUCAUUCGAACACGAUCCGUCGAGAGCGCUGUAUCUACGUUUGUGUUUCGCAACUUUGAUAAUAAAUUAAUUUUAAUUUACGUAGUGUUAGAAUUUAGAAAUCAUGAAGGGAACCCUGUUAAUUAUACUAGCGGUGUGGACGCUGUCUGCCGUGACGGCGAUACCCAGAAUGAGGAGGGCUAUCAAUCCAGAUGAGGCCGAAGCGGUUGAGAACAAGGCACGAGUGUGCGCGCCACAGACUCCGUGCGCCUGGGAGAUCUACAACUCGCACACCAAGAUAUCGAAGAUCCGAAAUACAUAUUGUGAAUGUGCAGAAGGAACAACGUGUGAAAGUAAAGAAAAAGACGAAUCUGGCAACGUGUAUAUCUACAAAUGUCUUACCACACCUGAAAGCUAGCUGGUCAACGGGGACUAUUGCGACUUCUGAUGACGCUUAUUCACCGAAGACUUCUUCAGAAGUACAAAGGGAAAGCAUAGAUAAGAAUUCCUAUAGCUUGGCAAAUUUAUUUGUAACACCCCCGAUGGUUCGCGCGGGCUGGGAGGGGGCAGCGAUACCCUGCGCGCACGACUUCAUACCCGUGCAGUAUUUCCCCGUUGCCCGCAUAUCAUGGGACUGUCAUCAACAAACUUGCCAAGCUAUAGUGUCUACAUACACUAAUAACACUUUACGUCUCCACGGCUCCAAAAUUGCUGUUUAGGUGGUCUUGUGAUGCUAAACUACUAACCGACAGACCACUGUACAAUCCAAUAAACACAAAUGACCACUUGCUGUUACAACUUCAUUUGCGUCAUGUCAUAGUUUCCAUCUGCAUAUAUUGUAAUCUAUGGAAUAGUUUUUUUAAUUUUUAACCGACUUUCAAAAAGGAGGAGGUUCUAUGUUUGGCUGUAUGUAUGUCUUUUUCCAAACCAUUAAUUUCAAGUAGUGUGAAUCUAGCCUUACGACAAUAAUUGAAACAUUAAAUCAUUCAAUAGUGGAUCAACAUGGAUUAGGAUUUAAACCUCAAUUUUCUUCAAAGUAAAGUGGACCUAAUCACUAUUUAUUAAAGUUCUUUUUAUUAUGAAGAAUUUGAGUAUUAAAGCCUGAUCCAUGUUUAUUAAUAAGGUCGUAAGACUAGUAGUAGUUUAUUAAAUAAAAUGACAACCGUGCAAGAGGUCCACAACCUUUGCUAUCUCCAUAAAACGGUCGGUACUACGAAAUGUUACAUUCAAUCUUUUAUUACCGUAGUUAUAAUAUAGGUAAUUGGUUUUUUAAAGAGCUGUAGUAAAAAUAUUAUAAUAAAUAAUCAUUUUUCUCUACUUUUGAGUAUAUAUAAUUUUAUUUUGGAAUUAUUAUCAUUAAUAAUUUAAAGUACCUAGAUGCAAUUUUAAUUUUUUUUGAAGUUACUUCGAAAAAUAUUUUGUCAAUAGUCGUGCGACGAUUUAAGAGCUGUUGCCUCGAAGAGAAGAGAGGAGAAAGUAGUCCGGAUUUUCAUUUUCUAAGUAGAUAUACUCUAUCGGUGAGCGUAAAAAGUCAUAGCAAUAGUCCAUAGUGCCUCUUCCGAGUUACUUGUCGUUAUGUCACUUUAAUUUGGCUGGACGCGCGACCGCGUGUCUCAAUUUAUAAAUUUAAUAUGUUCAUCAUCAUCAUCAUUACCAGCCGAUGGACGUUCACUGCUAGACAUAAGCCUCUAGCACGGACUUCCAACAACAACGGCUUCUAACCGCCAUAGUGUACACUUUACUAAAUCAUAUACAAAUUCCCUUUGCUUCUUCGAUUUUUUUUUAUCAGAUUUUCGCUUGGAUGAUGUUAUUUUUAAUUUUCGUGAGAUAAAAUGUAUUUAUUUACGUAUCUAUAUUUAGCGUGUAAUGCGUGUAACAUUUAUUGUUAUAUACUAUUUUUUUUAGUAGUUUCACAUUUUUUUUUAAUCAUUAUAAUAAAAAGUACUUAUUAGAUUUGUUAUGUUUUGUUAGAAAUACCCAAGUAUUACGUACUUACUAAUGACACGGUCAAAAUUAUUUUAGGGCUUGGAUAACUUUUUUUAUAUCCGCAUCUUUCAUAAUACAGUAAAAGCUCAUUAUUCGCGGGGGAUACGUUCUCUAAAUGUGUCGGGAAUACAGAAACCGUGAAUAUGGAUGGUAUUUUAUUCGGGAUUAUAAGGGAUACGUUCUUGGGUGACAAAAUAAAUAACAAAUAUAUAAAGAAAAAACAAUUAAUUGAAGUUAUUGAUUAACUAUUAUCUUCAGUCUUAGACAAUGGUUUGAAGAAUUUUGAUUUCUUCUAUUCAGCUUCUUCUAUUCAGAGUGAUCUUAAGUGGUAUGGUGGUGGUGGAUCGUGGUAUUCUUAAACUAUCCAUUCGCAAUUUCGACAAUAGGUAUUUGCAAGUUAAAGUUUAAAUUUGCAGUUUCGUCAGUCAGAUCCGCGAAUAACGAAAUAUUUAGCCGCGAAUAUAGGAAUUGGGACGCAAUUUAAGCGUGAAUAAGGAGCUUUUACUGUACAUAGUAAAAAAAAACUUACCUAAAAUGUAUUUUUAAUAGUUUUUGCAGAACUUUUGUUUAGUCAAAAUUUCAUUUCGGUCUAAGUUGGAGCUAACAGUUAGCUCUUAGACUAGAUUACCUAGACUUAGACCGCAUGAUUGCUUUCCAUCAGGCUUAAUUGUAGUCAAGCGCAAGCCUUGUAUAAUAAAAAAAAAGUUUUGAUCGUGUCGAUGUCGAGUACUCGUAGUACCUACCUUCGUAGUGUACCAUUUUCAUUUUCUAGCAAUGUGAAUAAGCACGUCAUUGUAAAGUUCCUAUUUCGAAUGAGCUAUUUUGAGAGUAUCACAAAGAAGUUAAAGAUUGUCUUAAAACAUUAUAACGAUUUUAUAGAUUAAUUCUUUCCCGCAGAAAAACUUUCACAACAGUCAUCAGUUUCCAACCUUUUCUUAUACCAAAUUUACGGAUACGACCCUUAUUGGUCUCUCGACUUUUUUUGUAUGGAGGACGGGACUAAAUAAAAUUUCAAGCUCUCUUUUUAAUUUUUGCAUAUAUAUAUAAUAUCAAAAUGUAUGUAUCAUAUAAAAAAAUAAUAAUUUGCAAACUUAUUAUAUUUUUAUGAUUAGGUUUCUUGACUUCAGUACUAUUUUUGUGACGAGAAAAUCUUAGUGUUUGUUGGUAAAAAAAAGACAACCUUUACAGAAAAUUUCAAUAAAUAUUAAAAAGAAUAAUAAAUUGUAAUUAUUCGCAUACUAAAGAGUUAUUACGAAAAUUAAUUUCUUUGUGGCACUACCAUUAUAUUAGGAUGAGUGUUAGUUAUUUAAGCAUUUUUACUUACGAUUAAGUAAAUAGGUAGGUUACCUACCCAGUUAAUAUUUAGUGCGUUAAUUUGUGACAUAAUUCAUACGUCAACUGUAGAUAGUUUACCAGUGGUAAAAAAACUGUUGGUGUUAGUAGGUAUUUGAUAUAAAUAAAGACUUUUUGAAAGUU